CCUCUGUACUCCCACACUGACCACCAAUCCGCUCAUUUACUCACACACUGCCACAGUCAUGUCUGCUGGAGGAGAGAAACCCAAGUCCCAGCCUGAUGGGAAAGCAGCUCAGAGCAAGACGUCUGAGACCGGCAUGAUGUCCUACAAGAUGUGCGUGUACGACCAGGAGAACUUCCAGGGCCGCUGCAUUGACAUCACCGCCGAGUGCGUGAACGUGUGUGACAUGGGAAUGGACAGGGUGCGCUCCCUGCGCGUCUGCUGUGGGCCAUUUGUGGGCUUUGAACAGAUGAACUUCUGUGGUGAAAUGUUCAUCCUGGAAAAGGGCGAGUACCCCCGCUGGGAUUCGUGGAGCAGCUGCCAGAAGAACGAUUACCUUCUGUCCUUCAGGCCUGUGCGGAUGGAUCCUGAGAAACACAAGAUCUGUUUAUAUGAGGUCGGAGAGUACAAAGGCCGUAAGAUGGAGAUCAUGGAUGAUGAUGUUCCCAGCCUGCCUGCCUACGGCUUCACCGACAGAGUGGGAAGCAUCUUGGUCAGCUGUGGGACCUGGGUGGGGUACCAGUUCCCCGGGUACCGGGGCUGCCAGUACCUGCUGGAGAAGGGCGACUACAGGCAUUUCAAUGAAUUCGGCGCUCCCUGCCCUCAGAUGCAGUCCAUCAGACGCAUCCGCGACAUGCAGUGGCACCCGCACGGCUGCUACACCACGUCCUCCAAGUGAAGCUCGGUGAGGAAAAGAAGAAGUGAGGGAGAGGUGGAGGUCUGGAGGGGUGAAGGAGGGAGGGCAACGAAGGAGAGGAGGAAAGAGAGGGUGCAGUGAUGCUUCCUUCAUCCCUUAAUCUCUCAGUGGUUCAAUGUGCAGAGUAGAGGGGAUACGGUAGGGAGUUAUUUAUAGUUGCAAUUCGGAAAACAGUGGAGAGUUACAGGAAGUUGUAGAGGAGGAAUUACAAGAACCACUGGGACUAUAUCUGGUUAGAGAAACUCUUUAUUUUUCUCUGCCUCUCUCCCGGUCUCUGUCAUGUCCUGCCUUUCCCACAUCCCUCUAUCCCUCUUCCUCCCCCUUCAUGUUUCACAUUUCACCCACGUCAGCCCUCACCCAACCUAUCGCAGCCUGAGUAAGGGAGGGCAGGAGUUUGGACUUGUUUCAUGUUUGUUUGACGGACAAAGGAAGAUCGAGUGAAUAAAGAUGGAAAAACUCUGAAAAUUCACUGCUCCCAUCCUGCUGCUACAUCAGCCCUAACUCCAAUAAAGCUACUCUCCUCCUAA